AUGGCCGACGACGCUCAAAGCACCCGCGCCGCAUUGAUCAACGCCGUCCACGAGCAGGACCACGCGGAAAAGGGUCCCGGAACCAGCGCAGCCGGCGCCGCGAAAAAGAAGCGCUCCAAGCGCAACGAGUUCAUGCUCCACAAGUACCUCUACGAGACGAAGGAGCUGCCAAUCAAUGAGCUCUUUGUGCAGAAAUACCACUAG